AUGAAAAAAAUAUUUCUUUGGACUCCAUAUGCUGAUAAGAUCCCUCUGGAUCUGUCAGUGAAGAAUAAAAAUGUGAGCAAUAUAUCACACCUUCCGGAAAUGGUAGCGUGUCUGCAAUAUCCAUCUUAUGCUACUGCUGAUGAUGUGCAGAGAAUUAAUUACUACCAGCUACCAUCGACAUCUUCGCAGCCUGCAAUUGUGUAUCCUCCAAUGAACAGCACAGUAUUGUCACCUUCGUCUUCCCCUGACUCAUCGAGCACGGAGAAUUUUCCACAUAUUAUGGCGGAUGUCGAUGCUUUACAAAAUGACCCGAAUUUCCUUAUAUUUGAAAGGAAUGCACUCAGGGCGAUGUCGGAGAAAAAUGGCGGGACCCUUCUAGCACAUAACCCCAGGAUGCGUCGCGCCGUCCAGACGGAUCAGAAUGUGGACGAUUCUUACAGAAAGCAGAGGGAGAGGAAUAAUUUUGCUGCCAAGCAGAGUCGAGACAAGAGGAAGCUGCGGGAAAUUCGUCUGGCUCUAAAAGUUACAUACCUUAGCAACGAAGUUUCACGACUUAAAGAAUUCAUACAUUCAAAGAAAUGCCCCCAUUGUCGUAAAUAA